GCUCUGCGCGGGAAGAUACACGCCCAGAAAAUUUCAGCACGCCGUUUCAGUAGCAUUCAACCUGCUCCAACGGGCGCUCCGUUCGAGUAGGUUGCAGUGCUUUCGCCCAAUUCCACGUUUCGCGCCCGAGAUUCGAGCGCCCCGUGCACAUACAAUGAUCAGGAAGCCUAUCGCAUGGCUGUGAGAUGCCAUUUUCUCUUCCAUCACUGGUACCCUAUGUCUUGACGAAGUAUAAAUGAGACCGUUCUGAGUCUUCAAAUGGUAUCGCGUCGCACAUAUCCUGCCCACCUUUCGCUAUGUCGACUGCUGCAUUAACGCCGGGACGAUUGCCAUCCUUCGUCGUUGACGAGCUGAAGUACAGUCUGAAGGAUGUCAGCCUAUCGCUGGCUCUCUACGGAAUACAAGUAGCACUUUUCGUGGGCGCCGCUGCGGCCAUUUCCCGGAAGGAGGGAAGAAUUUGGAUCCUCGUGGUCUCUGUCAUCACCGUCUUCCUUUGCUCGAGUACACAGGCAGCCAGCUCUAUCACAACUUACUGGCUGCAGAUGCCCGGAGUAGGUGGCGGGCACGGCGAUGAAUCCACCACUGCCCUCGAUGUCAUAGAGAUUCUCUCCGACACAAGCUACCAUAUCAGUUACCUCCUUGGUGACGCCCUCGUCGUUUGGAGAGCUUGGGUGAUCUGGUCCGAAAGCAAGCUUGUCCGCGGCAUUCUCAUUGCCUGCAUGUUUUGCACGUUAGCUGGGCUCUCCGUUGACCUCGUCGUGGACCUCAAAUCGUGGCUGGACGACAAGGCGCUCAACGCUCCCAUGAUUGUCGCGAUGCUGCUCACGAAUGCGGUGGCCACCGCGCUUGUCGGCGUCCGAGUCUGGACAUACCGACGCGACAUAGCCGCGGCACUCGGGCCCGUAACCUUCGGAAAUCGGGUCGGGAGCCUACUCAUGUUGCUGCUCGAAUCUGGGCUUCUAUAUUGCGCUAUAUGGGUCACUAUCUUUGUUCUCGAGGUCGGUGUCGGAAGCAUGCCCUGGAGCACGAACAUCCUCGUCAGCGGAGCACUUCAUUUAUUCGCGACCGCGUAUCCUACCCUCGUUAUCCUUUUGGUCACGACGCAGCAACAUCUCACAGUCAAGUCGAUGAUGGCGAACCAGAGCAGCUUCCUGCCUUCGAUACAAUUUGUCGCCGAAGAUGCGACGUCGCUCCAGGGUUAAUGUAGAUUGUAAUAUCCUGCUGACGCGGGCGUUUGGUUUUUGGUCGCCAAUCGCAGAUUCAAGUAUACACGUUCA